UUUUCACGGAGGCUUUGCCCCUGGACGUCACGUCUCGUGAUUUUAGGCAUACUACGUGGAUUUCAGAUUUCUACACCGAAAGCCGACCAAAAUGGGAAUUUAAUGAAAGUGGACGAAACUCGUUUCCAGUCGUUGUACAUCCGGAUCUUAACCAGGCUUCGGUUUUAAAGGAAUGAUGCAAGAUAUCGGGCCUGAGUCGUCGACGAACUUCGUUUCACAGACGUCAAAGCACAUCGAGCAGAGGUAUCAGAAAUUCUUAGAUGACCUCACUCCAUUUGUGACAGGAAGAUGGAUCGGUGCAUGUCUAAUGAUUUUAGCAUUCGUAGCUCGAGUUUUUAUAAUGCAGGGUUGGUACAUAGUUGCUUAUGCAUUGGGAAUCUACCAUUUAAAUUUAUUUAUUGCAUUUCUAACCCCAAAAAGUGACCCAGCGUUAGCGAUGUACGAAGAGGAUGGCGGAGGGCCAGAACUUCCGACUAGGGCAAAUGAAGAGUUCAAACCAUUUAUCAGGAGGUUACCAGAAUUUAAAUUCUGGUAUUCGGUAUCAAACUCUACUCUCAUAGCAUUUACCUGUACUUUUUUUGAAAUAUUCAAUAUACCAGUAUUUUGGCCCAUUCUUGUCAUGUACUUCAUCACGCUUGUAGCGAUUACAAUGAAGAGGCAGAUCAAGCACAUGAUAAAAUACCGCUAUUUGCCUUUCACUCAUGGAAAGCCGAAAUACGCCAGUGCCAACAACACAGGCAAGGUGAUUAAUUUAAAGUGACAGGCUGAAGCAGUGCCUCUUAUCCCCCCUAUACCUGUUAUACCCGUUGUUGUACCACCGCCAGUCAGUGAAGCAUAAAUUUCAAAGUUCAAAAACCAAAAUUAUAUUUUAAACAGUGCAAUAGUUGUUAACAGACUUUUUUAAGUGUUUGAUUAAUUAUUUUCAUGUGAUUGUGCACUUUGUGAUGCCAGCCGUCUUUAUUUGCAUGAAAGAUUGGAUUUCAGAGAGAGUGUAUUGUGAAUAUUUAAUGUCAAGAGAUUUUUGACUACUGUAUAAAUUUAUAUAUUUUUACUUUGUGAAUAAUAUGAAGUUAUUGUACACCGGGAGGGAUAGUUGGCACAUCUUACAUUUUCUGUUGGUUUUAAAGAAAUUGUUAUCGUUAUUUUACUCAUUCGGUACUUGAUUUAUUUCUAGUUGAACUGCGUG